AUGUCUAACAAGAGAGGGAAACAAAAAAAUUCUACCUACACAGACGACUUCGAAGCAUUUGUCAGAGAAUCGCUCGUAAAAUUGAGUGAAGGCCAAGACAGGAUUCUCCACGAUGUAGCCACCUUAAAAGGAAAAGUCCAACUUAACGAGUCGUCCUUGAACGACAUCUCAGCAAGACUCACAAAAAUUAACCAUAACUACGAAGAAGUCAAGGGCGAACUCCAUGAUGCCAACUGCAAAAUCGAAGAAAUUGAAAGUACCAUGCAAAAUCAAGCCCAACAAAUUGGAGCGAUGCACGAGCGAUUCCUGUCUAUCGAGCGCUAUUCGCGUGAAUACAACCUGAGGUUCCACAACAUCCCGGAGUCUCCCGGGGAGGAUUGCCGUCAGAAAAUCGGAGAUAUUUUAACUGAGCAACUUAAAAUGGAGCCGAAGAUAGAAAUCAGGGUCGGCCAGGGUUUUUGGGUAUUCGGUAUUCAGGGGCGUUUUAAAUCGGGUAUACGGUAUACUGCAGCUUAAAUAUGGGUAUUCAGUAUAUCACUUUCUUUGAAUUUCAGGUAUAGAGUAUUCAAAGCUUCGAUUAUUUUUGGGUAUAUUUGGAGGAAUUUGGGGUAUUUUGGGGUAUUUUGUCGAUUUUUUUUCGGGUAUAUUGGUAUUCCACUACCCCCCCUGGCCGACCCUGAGAAAUGCGCAUCGCAUAGGCCCAAGCAUCGCCGACAAGCCGAGGGCGAUAAUUUGUAAGUUUGUUUACUGUCCUGAGCGAUUUAAAGUGCUUCAGAAGAAACGUGACCUUCAGAACAUCGUCUGAAGAUCGGGAGAAAAAGAAGAAGUUAAAAGAUGUCAUGAAAGAGGCAUACUAA